GAUGACACCCAUCACAUGCGCCCUUGUGCACGUGGACCCUCACACAUUUAUGCCCACACACAGACGCGUGUCCUGACUGAAAGCUCUGAGGCACCCGAGCCUCCUGGAGGGAGGAAAAGGGAGUGGCUCAGGUUAGGCCACUGAGUCAAACCUGGCUUGGUGGAGGGAAAAAGAUUGAAACAAAAGGGAGAGAGUUUGACAGGCAUUUUCCUGGUUCCCUGGGAAUCUUCCUGGGCCCGUGUUUGCUCACACACAUCCAGAUCUUCAGGGUCCAGCCCCUUUCUCUGUCCAUAGUGAUGUACAAACAGCCCUUCAAUGAAGCCCUUUGGCUGACCUCCCUCAUAUCUGCCUGAGAUUUUGAUUUCCACUGGUGGGUUUUCUGAAAGUGCUGGAGGUUGGGGCUGACUCCCCUGCAAGGCUGAGCCUUGGAGGUGGGCUGGAAAAGGUCAGCGUGAGUGUGGAGAGCUCCCUGCCUCUGCUGCACUUGCACCUCCCUGCCCCAUGCAUCAUCAGGCUCCGCCUCUCCUCAGCUUCCCUGUGUCUUCUCGCCAACCCUGUUUUCACUGUUUUCUGUUCGAUGGCCAGUGGGAUGGAGGGGAGAGGCCCCAAGAGGGGGCCCAGGCUUCCUGUAGACCUCCCAAGAAAGCCUCGGUAAAGAUGGCUGGCCUCCUCUUUACCUUGCGUCUCUCCAGGGCAGCAACGGGUGUUUCCCCUGUGCCAAGGUGGAGUUGGGAUGCACACAGGGCAGGUGCCUGGAGCCGGUUAGUCAGGAUUCCCAGGAAGAAUUCAGGGUUGGGGAACCCAGGACUCCCGCUGACCAGACACUCCUCUCAGUGAGGGGGGGCCACUCUGUAGCCUAGGGAGGGGCCUCAGUUCCAACCCAAGCUUCGGAGUAAGGCCUCAGCUUCCCCCAAACUCCCCGGGGCAGGGAUUGCCCCUACUCUGACCAUGUCCCCCAAUCCCAAACUUGGAGGGACACAGGAAGCUGGGGGCUACUCACCUCUGCUGGGGGCUGUAGAGCAGCAGGAGGAAGAGGAGGGACACAUGGGUGGGGGGUCAGAGGAUCUGGUAGAGCCGGCAGGUCGUGGGCUGGCUGGUGGAGCCAGUCUGAGGGCCAGGCUGCUGAUGUCAGCAGCCUGCACCUUGGGACCAAGGGACCUCCCCGGGCAGGACCAGGACCAGGACCAGGCCAGUGUCACAGUGCUGAGCCUGACUGGGCUGCACAGGAGCUUUGCAACAGGGGUUGAGACCACAGGCAGGCAGCCUGAGCUUGGCAGCAGAGGGUCAGCUGGAUAGGGGUACAGGUGAAAGGGGCUCCCUGCCCCCACUGCCCUCAGGAGAAGGGACUCCUUAAGUACACAGUCUGGCAGGGGUCAGCCUAGUAUGGCGGUCCCAACAAAGCCUUCCACUUCACCCCAGCUUCAGCCCUGAGAGACUCCGAUCCCCACCCCCACACACACCCUCCCAAGCCCUAGCCCCAGCCACAUCAUCCCAUGUCCACGGUUCCUCAGUUCCUCGAAAGGGAAAAGAGGUUUCGGCGGGGCCUCAUUUCCCUCCCUAACCUCAGAGACAGCCCCAGGGGGCCGGGCCUCUUCCCCCAACGGGGUUGGAGCAACCAAGCUUCCCUUCCCAGCAGCAGCCCCGCCCUCCCCCCUCAUAAACCACUUGCCGGCAGGCCCCACACCUUCCACUUGUGUGGCAGCCUCCAGCGCGUCCAUCCUGUCCCAUCAGUCCUAACCUGUUCCACCCCGACUGCGCGACCCAGAGCUGCAGUCGCCGCCGGCACCGCCGCCAGACAUGAUGGGAAGUCCUCGUUCCGACAUGGGCCGCUGGGGCGGGAGCCCCUGGCAGCCCCCCGCCACGCCGUCCCCAGAGCCCGAGCCCGAGCCAGACAGACGGUCACGCAGAGGGAGCCGCUCCUUCUGGGCCCGCUGCUGUGGCUGCUGCUCCUGCCGGAGUGGGGCAGAUGAUGACUGGGAGCCCCACGGAGGCCGAGGGUCCAGCUCUGGGGGCCGAAGAAGACCCGACUCCCGGGGCUCAGGUUCCCGCCGACCCGUCUCACGGGGCAGCGGUGUCAACGCAGCUGGAGACGGUGUGAUCCGAGAAGGCAUGCUGGUGGUGACUGGUGUGGACCUGCUGAGUUCACGCUCGGACCAGAACCGCCGAGAGCACCACACAGACGAGUUCGAGUACGAUGAGCUGAUCCUGCGCCGUGGGCAGCCUUUCCACAUGGUCCUCUUCCUGUCUCGGCCCUACGAGUCCUCCGAUCGCAUCACCCUGGAGCUGCACAUCGGAAACAACCCCGAAGUGGGCAAGGGCACCCAUGUGAUCAUCCCAGUGGGCAAAGGGGGCAGUGGAGGCUGGAAGGCCCAGGUGACCAAGUCCAGCGGGCAGAAUCUGAACCUACGAGUCCACACCUCCCCCAGUGCCAUCAUCGGCAAGUUUCAGUUCACAGUCCGCACGCACUCGGAAGCCGGCGAGUUCCUGUUGCCCUUCGACCCCAACAAUGAGAUAUACAUCCUCUUCAAUCCCUGGUGCUCAGAGGACAUCGUGUAUGUGGAACGUGAGGACUGGCGGCAGGAGUAUGUGCUUAAUGAGUCUGGGAGAAUUUACUAUGGGACCGAAGCACAGAUUGGCGAACGGACAUGGAACUAUGGCCAGUUUGACCAUGGGGUGCUGGAUGCCUGCCUGUACAUCCUGGACCGGCGGGGCAUGCCAUAUGGAGGCCGUGGGGACCCAGUCAGUGUCUCCCGGGUCAUCUCUGCCAUGGUGAACUCCUUGGAUGACAAUGGGGUCCUGAUUGGGAACUGGUCUGGUGAUUACUCCCGAGGCACCAACCCGUCAGCGUGGGUGGGCAGCGUGGAGAUCCUGCUCAGCUACCUACGCACUGGCUAUUCUGUCCCUUAUGGCCAGUGCUGGGUCUUCGCCGGUGUGACUACCACAGUUUUGCGAUGCUUGGGCCUGGCCACCCGUACCGUCACCAACUUCAACUCCGCACACGACACAGACACGUCCCUCACCAUGGACAUCUACUUCGAUGAGAACAUGAAGCCUCUCGAGCACCUGAACCACGACUCCGUCUGGAACUUCCACGUGUGGAACGACUGCUGGAUGAAGAGGCCGGAUCUGCCCUCGGGCUUUACAGGGUGGCAGGUUGUGGACUCCACACCCCAGGAGACCAGCAGUGGCAUCUUCUGCUGUGGCCCCUGCUCCGUGGAGUCCGUCAAGAAUGGCCUGGUCUACAUGAAGUACGACACACCCUUCAUUUUCGCCGAGGUAAACAGUGACAAGGUUUACUGGCAGCGACAGGAUGAUGGCAGCUUCAAGAUUGUGUACGUGGAGGAGAAGGCCAUUGGCACACUCAUUGUCACAAAGGCCGUCGGCUCCAACAUGCGGGAGGAUAUCACCCACAUCUAUAAGCACCCAGAAGGGUCGGAAGCAGAGCGGAAGGCAGUGGAGACAGCAGCCGCCCAUGGCAGCAAACCCAAUGUGUACGCCACCAGGGACUCGGCCGACGAUGUGGCGAUACAGGUGGAGGCCCAGGACGCAGCAAUGGGGCAGGACCUGACGCUCGCUGUGGUGCUGACCAAUCGCAGCAGCAGCCGCCGUACUGUGAAGCUCCACCUCUACCUCUCAGUCUCCUUCUACACCGGGGUCACUGGGUCCCCCUUCAAGGAGAGCAAGGAGGAAGUGGUGCUGGCCCCAAAGGCCUCGGAACGCGUGACCAUGCCCGUGGCCUACAAGGAAUACCAGCCCCACCUUGUGGACCAGGGGGCCAUGCUGCUCAAUGUCUCAGGUCACGUCAAGGAGAACGGCCAGGUGCUGGCCAAGCAGCACACCUUCCGUCUGCGCACCCCGGACCUCUCCCUCACGUUAUUGGGAGCGGCUGUGGUCGGCCAGGAAUGCGAAGUACAGAUUGUUUUCAAGAACCCCCUGCCUGUCACCCUCACCAACGUUGUCUUCCGGCUCGAGGGCUCCGGCUUACAGAGGCCCAAGAUCCUCAACGUGGGGGACAUUGGGGGCAACGAGACGGUGACACUGCGCCAGACGUUCGUGCCUGUGCGACCCGGCCCCCGCCAGCUCAUCGCCAGCUUGGACAGCCCACAGCUCUCGCAGGUGCACGGUGUCAUCCAGGUGGACGUGGCCCCAGCCUCCGGGAGUGGGGGCUUCUUCUCAGGCAUUGGAGACAACAAUCGCUCCGGGGAAAGCAUUCCUAUGGCUUCUCGAGGUGGGGCUUAGCCCUGGGCCAGGAGCAACGGGACUGGAGUCAGAUGAACACGGACACUGCCUCGACAAGACAGGGGUCCGCUGGAGAGCAGCUCUCCAGGGGCGCAGGCGGGGAGGCCAGGACACCUGGGGAGGGAGCCCAUCUUCACUUGCCCUGGGUGGCACAGAAGCUAAUAAACUGUUUUUUAAUGAA